GCAGUGAUGGGCUGGACUGUACAUCCCAGAGAACUGGUCAGAGAGCAAGAGAAAGAGUGUGUGUGUGUGUGUGUGUGUGUGAAUGAGUGAAAGAGUGAGUGAGAGAGAAAGAGAACAAGAGUGUGUUUGAGAAGAAAGAUUGUGUGUGAAAAGAGGGAGACUGAUUUUGUCUGACUGUGUGUGUGUGAGAGAGAGAGAGAGAGAGAGAGAGAGAGAGAGGGAGAGGUGGGGGUUUGCUGUUGGUGUCAGGACUCUCCAGGAACUCUACAGUAAAAGGCAAGAGGGUAGAGAUUAAAGGCUCAAAUGAAUGAAAGACAGCUUGCUGUGAACAGAAGCCUGGAAUAAUGCUGCAUCAGAGCUGCUCUGUCCCUCCUGGCACUGGGACUGCUUGGACUGAGAGCUGCACGUGUGAAUAUUUCUCUGGAUGACUUGGACUUGGCAUGUCAUCUCUAUAGCGACAGACCGAAGGAUCAGCAGUAUGGGACAGUGCUGUUGUAAAACCAGAAAGAAGCUAUCUCGCCAGCCCAGAGUUUCACAUAUAAAAGUUGCUGGUGAACGCAGCAGGCCAGGCAGCAUCUAUUGGAAGAGGUACAGUCGACGUUUCGGGCCGAGACCCUUCAUCAGGACAGUUUGCUCAGUUCUUCCAGUUUGCUCAGGGAGUGCUGGGGACCGGGACCGGAUGGCUGUCAAUCAUGAAGCAUUCCUCCUUAUGGCAAACUCCCAGAAUGAUAUGGAAGAUUGGGUCAAAGCCAUCAGACGAGUGAUAUGGGCUCCAUUUGGCGGAGGUAUAUUUGGACAGCGUUUGGAAGAUACAGUCCAAUACGAGAGGAAAUUUGGAAGGCAUUUGGCUCCAUUAUUAGUGGAACAGUGUGUGGACUUUAUCAGAGAACAUGGCCUCAAUGAAGAAGGGUUAUUUCGCAUGCCUGGGCAAGCCAACCUGGUCAAAGAACUCCAGGAUUCUUUCAACUGUGGAGAAAAGCCUCUGUUUGACAAGAACACAGACGUUCACACGGUUGCAUCCUUACUGAAGCUGUACCUGAGGGAGUUACCAGAACCAGUCAUCCCAUUUGCCAAGUAUGAAGACUUCCUUUCAUGUGCACAGUUGCUGGCUAAGGACAAAGAGGAGGGUGUCCAGGAGCUGAUCAAGCAAGUCACUGGUCUGCCUCAGGCCAAUUACAAUCUCCUCAAGUAUAUCUGCAGAUUCCUUGAUGAAGUUCAGUCAUAUUCAAGUGUUAAUAAAAUGAGUGUCCAGAACCUUGCAACGGUCUUUGGGCCGAAUAUUUUGCGUCCAAAAUUGGAGGAUCCGGUGACGAUAAUGGAAGGUACGUCCCUGGUGCAGCAUCUCAUGACCGUGCUGAUCAGUGAACACAACAGGCUCUUCCCCAUCAUUUCCAGUGACGUUCCGGUCCCCCAGCCCGACAUGAGGUUGCUGAGCAAGCGCUGCCUGGUGGAGUGGGUGUCGGAGGAAGAGAGUGAAGAGGCCAGGGCUGACGAUCGGGCGAGGAGCUCCUGCAACAGUGCCACCUCACUGGACGUGAACGUGAGCACCCCCGUGACUGUUUCCAAAAAUGCACCUCGAGACCGAGCAGACAGGCCCGUGGCCGGCAGUACCAGCCCGGGCAGAAGACUUCAGACUCUCCCUGGCUGGAAAUACUCCUUUAAACAGACAGGAGGAAGGUCCAGCAGUGCUAAAGUGGGUGGCUCGACUUUAGAUAUUCCACACUUAACAUCCAGUGGGAAUUGGCUAAUGAAUGGAUUGUCUUCACUACGAGGACACAGAAGGACUUCCUCUGGCGACAGGGUCAAAGAAUCCGGGUCUUCCCGUCUAUCAACCUAUGAUAACGUGCCAUCGUCCAACCUUUCCCUGAGCGCUGGCGACAGGCACAGUGUGGCCAGCACCACCUGGUCAACGUCAUCCUGUGAAAUUUCCGUAGCCGACUCCAGCAGUUCCCUAACGUGUCAGGAAAGUGACUCUCUGGCGCUCAACUGCACGAAAGCAGAGUGGCCGGCGCAGGUCACCCAGCCACAGGGCGAGGCGCCGGGGAGUGAGCCCUGCAACGGGAGCGAGGGGUUUGACGUGUGCAUCAGCAGCGCGAGCUGCAGCGAGAACAGUGACUUGCUCUUUGCGUCCAAUGACUCGGCCACGUGCUCGAAAGCACUUCAGAGCCUAGUCACGCAGCUCAAGUCAGAACUGACCAAACAAAGGGCAGAGUACGAAACCAGGAUUAAAAGGCUUGAGGAGUCCAGCACAGAGCUGAGAGUGCAAGUGAACAAACUGGAAGAAGAGCUGGACCAAGGGAAAAAGAAAUACACCAUGCUUGAGAUUAGGAUGCGGAACGCAGACCGGGCACGUGAGGACGCGGAGAAGAGAAACCUCCUCCUGCAGAAGGAAAUGGAGGACUUCUUUGCCACGUUAGGAGACUUUACACUGGAAUCCAGGGAACCCAAUCCCAAGUAGCAAAAUCUGUUCUUAAAACUGCAACAUGCCAGACCACAAAGACAUAUGUUUACAAACAUAAUUGAUAUUUUAUAAGAAGCAUAUGCAUUUAUUUUUAAUGAUAUGAUUUAAUGUGGUAUGAGCAUUAAUAGUCAUUUAUGUUUUGUACUACUCAUGCUUUUUUGUUGCUGUUGGAAAGGCUCUCGUGGGCCCCACAGGCUGUUUACAUAUUGAUUUUCUGCAAGUAGAUAUUUGGAAAUUAGUAUGUCUUCUGUUUAAGCCCAUUCCAAAGAGUCCCAAACCCUGUUUCUGCUCAAGAAGCAACCAUGUUUACAACGUGAUGAGGCUUAUUUCCUCUCUGUACAUCGAGACAUUGUGAUGGUGCAACAAUCUGGUGGGUCUGAAAGUGAGGUGGAAAAGUUAAACGCAGGACUUUUUCUUUCUCCCCCCACCCCCCAAAAAAAAUCAGGCUGUAAUUCACCUCAUUCAGUUUCUUGGAGUCAAAUUGUCAUGUCUGUGUAAUUUACAGUAAACCGCUAAUGAUCAGUUGUCCAAUUAUUGGGAACUCUGGGUGUUUUUGCACACAGUUCCUCAUUAAUCCAGAGUGGGAGCUGGAUGUCAGCCAGAUGUCGGGUUUGGAAAACUACCAAUACGAGCAUGGUUAAUUGCCCAUUUACAGUUAGACUGCACAAAACAAGCCCAUCAAACACUCUUUUACAUGAAUCCUAUACUGGUCCAAUUUUAAGAAGAAAAAUCUCCCUUUAGUUCAUCUGAAGUUCUGCUAUUCACCACCACACUAGAGUAUAUGGUACAGUGGCCAGUUAUCCUCCCAAGCCAUUUGUCUUUGGGAUGUGGGAAGAAACUGAAGCUCCCAGGAGAAACCCACCAUAUCACAAGACUUCACACAGACCAACCUCAAGAUCUUUGAAGCAGUAUCAUUCAUUGCCUGUGCUCACAGUGAAAAAGGUACAAGCUGAAACUCACAUGUUCUAUGUCCCCAGGUUUGACUACACUGUCAUGCCGCUGCUUGUUAUACUACUGUGUAACAUGUUUAAUAAAUGUUUUAGACGAUAGUGCAGAAAACCUGCUACUCCAGUUUACAUCUGGACUAUUGCAGUGAGAGUAAACAGAUUGUCAAUUUUUGGUUAGCCUCUGAGUACCUCUGCAUAUCUAUUAGUUUCCACCUCUUCUCAGUGGACUGCUGAUUCACGCAGAAUGUUACGCUCUUUGUCAGUAAUUUUGGAACCACUGCGACAGCUCAGAGUUGUGCCGAAGCUGUCUUGCAGCAAUGCUAUGUAAGGCUGCCACCUAGAGGUAUUAACACAGCUCUACACACACAGUUUAAUUCGGGCGCGAUGGGACGCCAGUUCUCCAAUUACGGAUUGUUUGAAAUGACUGUGUAUGGUUCAGUCUUUCUGCUCGGUAUGCAGAUCAGAAACAAAAAAAAAACUGGGAAAAGUAAACUGUUAGUGGACAGGCAAAAAUGUUACAAACAUUGAAGCAAGGAGCUUUCAAUAACAUGAGAACCUCUCUGCAUUAUGAGUUAUGAUCUUCAUUUGAAGAGCAAUACCAUCAAAUUUCUGUGUUUCUGAUUUCCACACAUUUAGUAAUUCCUUUCUUGCUCACCAUAUCAAACACCAGUAUUUCUAUAUCAGACAUCCAGGUUAUGCAGACAGUAAUGAUCUGAUUCACUCAGCUUGAGAAAAAUCGACGGAAUUAGGUAUUUUCUAGAAAAAAACGAUUAAAAUAUUAUUCCUUGUAACUGUUAGCCAUUGAAAUACCGAACUUUAAUGGCUACCUGUUCAUUUAGCCUAUUUUUUAAAUUAUAGAAAUAGAUUAAUAUUAACAUUGUAUCAUAAAGUUGUCCCUGUUUCAAGUUUUUCCCUGUCCCUAUGUACAAUUGACCAAAUUGGCUGGAUCCAAGCACAAGUUUCAUACUGUUAAAUUGCUGUAGACUUGAGGGGAUGUGGAGGAACCUG